GUUUUUUUUACCCGGAAGAAGAACACGGUCUCCGUGACGUCAUUGAAAGCUGUAAAAAUGGCGGAGUUGGAGGAGGAGGUGGACGUCCUGGUGCAGAGAGUUGUCAAAGACAUUAACAACGCCUUCAAGAGGAACCCUCACAUUGAUGAAAUCGGUGUGAUCCCAUGUCCAGAGGCGCGCUACAAUCGCAGUCCCAUCGUGCUGGUGGAGAACAAGCUUGGUGUUGAGAGCUGGUGUGUUAAGUUCCUGCUGCCGUAUGUUCACAAUAAGUUGCUGCUCUACCGCCAGCGCAAACACUGGUUAGACAGGGAGGCUUUAGUGGAUAUCACCUGCACUUUGCUGCUGCUUAAUCCGGACUUCACCACUGCAUGGAAUGUCAGGAAGGAACUUGUGCAGUGUGGAGUUCUUCACCCUGAAAAAGACCUCUAUCUGGGUAUGCUGGCCCUCACCAAGUUCCCCAAGAGCCCAGAGACAUGGAUACACCGUCGCUGGGUGUUGCAGCAGAUGCUGCAUCAGUUCUUUGCUGUGGGCGAGAGCAGGAAGCAGCAGCAGCAGCAGCAGCAGCAGAACGGUGAAGCAGCACAGGCUGAUGGAGAGAGGAGCCACCAGCUCAGUGACCAUCUGGCCAGGACACUCCACCAAGAGAUGAAGGUGUGCUCUGACGCUGCCUGCCGCUAUCCCAGCAACUACAACGCCUGGUCCCAUCGCAUCUGGGUGCUACAGCACAUGGCAAAGGGCAAUGUCAAGGUUUUCCACGACGAGCUGUCGUCGAUGCGUCUGUGGGUGUCCAUGCAUGUGUCUGACCACAGUGGCUUCCACUACCGCCAGUUCCUGCUCAAUGAGCUGAUCACUGCGCUCUCGCACGCGGCAGCUCCCGCCAUCACCGCCGUUACAUGUCCUUCCCAGUUCUGCUCCGGUCCAGUCCCCGGCACCGCCGGUCCCCACAGUCUCAGCCACGCCCACGCUAACGGCGAGCUGUCGGGAGCAGACGCAGCAGCAGAGGAUGAGAGGCAACACAGCUGUACCACAGUCCUGCAGCUCUUCCACCAGGAGAUGGAGCUGUGCUCAGACCUGAUCCAGUCCUUCCCGGGACACGAGACACUCUGGAGUCACAGGCGGCAUGUCUUUUACUUGUGGCAUCAGUGGAGGAGAGAGCAGCAGCCACACGGCAGCAGUAACGGAGGUAGCCGGCCCAUCCACCAUAACGACAGUGACCCGGGUCGGCCAGAGGUCGGCGAUGGAAGCCGCGCAGGCCGGACAGAGAGUGUGAACGGACAGAACCACACCGGUGAGCCCAUGGACGUAGACGGGGCGUCCUCGUCUGACCCACACGACAGCAAGCGGCUGAAGAGAGGGGCCCCGCUGCCGAGCGCCACCCUGCCCUCCGAGCACGGCUUUGUGGGCGGAGUCCUGCGCGGUUGCUGUGACCCAGAGCAGAGACGUUUUGCCCUGGCGUACAAGAAGUGGUUAGACACCGUCAUCGCUCAGCAGCCGUGAGAGAGAAGAGUUAGCCGCGUCCUUCCUUAACAGACCAAGAGUUCUGAUCAGCCACUCACCUGUUGUAGUGCUGAGAGUAACUUAUAGUUUUUUCAAAUGCAGUAAAGACUGGGGAGCCUAGAUCCUGACGUACCCUUCUGAUGGUGAGUAAAGAGGAAGGUGACGGGAUGUUCUUCCUCAGAAACACGUGGAUUCUCUUGAGCUUCAUCUGAGCCAGUACUUCUUCAGAAUGGAAAUCGGUACAGAGUAAGCCUGUUGGUUCCGUUGAUAGAUUCUGCUCUUGUUUCAGGUUCCGUAGUACCUCAGGACAAAUUUCCACCAUUUUUCUUUUGUUGUUGUUUUGUCGCCAUCUCGGCGUCCGGCUGCGUCGCUCCAUGUUUGUUCAGAUAUUCCAACAAACUGCUGCCGCAACAGGUGAGAGCUCAGCAGGAUUUACACUCGGCGUGACUCGCUGCUAACCACGCAUGAACAGAUUAUAUAUUUAUUCCUGAAGCUGAAAGCUUAGGAGAACGGGGAUAGUGACUGACGUCAGUUCUGUUAUAUCUUCUGAAAAACUCUUUUACAUGCUGGGGAAACAAAUCCAGAGUUACUGCAGUUUAAUCAAUCAUGUAAUCAUUUAUAGAGCUCCGGGCGCUGACGGCACACAACCGAGGGAACGCCCUCAGGCUUCUACUGACAGACGUGCACACGCGACACCAUGAUUCUCAAACACACCAGAGUGUGUGUGAUGGCAGUGAUGUGUGUAGAAAUGACAAUAAGUUCAAUCAUAGUUACAGUCACCUUAUCUCUUACUCCAUCUUAAUCUAAUUUCACUACACCAGUGUGUGUGUGUGUGAAGUAUAUGUGAGGAAGAGGAGGAGGAGGAGGAUGAGAGAGCAAAGGGGAAUAAAUGUGCUCGACCUGUUUACACCUCUGUGUUUUAACGUUGGUGUUUGGUUUAAAGCGUUUGAGAACCGCUGGUCAGUCUCAUGUCAUCAUACCAGUGAAGGUGGUGCAUGGAUGUCAGAGACACUUUACUGGAUCCGUCAUGAACCGCGUUUUACAGUGAGCCCAAGAAGACGGAGCCAAGGGAACAAACACAAGCAACACAUUUCGUAUCUGUCUCUCGGUAAAUCGUGGACAUACUAGGUUUGUCAUGUGACGUCCAGAGCUCUAUGUCACUGUGUGCGUCUUCAUGUCCGCUGUGUUGAAAUUCAGUGGCCUCACUUGUUGCAACGGCAGCUUGAAAGCACAGAGCCCUGAUCCUCAGAUUUCCAUUCUGAAGGCAGUUACUUUAUUAACCAUGUAUACUUUCUUCACUCUGCGUCUUCUCAUCUUGAUCCUCGGCUGCGGGUGUUGCUUUAUUUCUGUCCACUAAAUUUACUGAUUAACAGAGUUGCUAAGUCCUAAAUAUGGAGCUACAUGCUAAGUUAUAGUUGCGUUCAACAGGAAGCCCUGAAAACUGAUCUUUAGCAGACCUGUUGUUGUUGUUGUUGUUGUUGUUGUUGGGGGAAGAAACGUUGGCACUGAUCUGAAGGAGCUCAAAGUGAGCGGUGCUGCGUGUUGCUGCUACCACACCAAACUGUUAGUUCUGUAUCGUUGCUUUUUAAAGGUCCAGUGAAGAAAAAGUGACUGAUUAUGACAAAUUAAGACUCCUCUGCUCACCCUUCCCUUUACUGAAGGUGUCGGGUAACUGCGGAGGUUCUUCACGUCAUCAUGUCCAGCUGUAGUAUUAUUUAUUUUGUUUAUAAACCACGUGAGGCUGCAACGAAGAUUAUUUUCAUAUCUGUCAAUUAGUUCCUCAACUCAUUGUGUGGUCCAUAAAAUAUCAGAAAAUCAAUGUUGAUGCAACAGUUUUAAUAUUUUUUUUUUUAUAUAUAUA